AUGCGCUUCUUCAUAUUUCUGGCCCUGGUCGUGGUUUCAACCAUAAACAACGCCGACCAAAAUCUUCCUGUUAUCAGCACCACCGAAACGGUGGAUUUUGACUCAAUGAACAACGACGUUCGGCGUCUCAGGAAACGGCAGAAACUGGACGAUGAAGAGAGGGACGCUGCUGCGUAUUUGUUGGAUAGCGAUGAUGAAUCCACAACUUCGAAGAAGCGCAAAGACGGAAAGGCAUCACAGUUUAUUCAUCAGAUGGACGAAAAACCACUAUCUCCUAAAGCGAAAAUGUGGAUGAGUGCUCUCACGCUUCUGUUUGGUAUUGGUAUUACGGCUGGUGCUGCUUUCGGUAUUACCAAGCUAAUGAAUUGAAUAAAUGAAAACUACCAACAACA